CCUAGAUCCACUUGGUCAGUCUGUCAUGGAAAGUGCAGGUGUUCUUAAUGUUUUGUGAACUCAGUGUAUAUUGAUUAGUGUCUAGGCUAAACUACUCAUCCUAAUUCCACAGUUAGGUCAUUUAUGUCUAAACAUAGGCUAUAACAUUGUUUGAGUCAUGAUAUUAAGUCAUCUUUUUUUUCCCAUGGACUGUUGGGUAUUUUGAUUUCUAUUCAGUUCUCAUAAUUUUUGCGAUGGAAUAUGUAAGUAAACAAUUUACUUCGUAGCAUUGAUGGACUGAAGUUGCUUUCUUGUGAAAUGGCUCUUUUUAAGAAAAACCUGAAUGCCUAACUUGACCUGUUGGAGAAGAAUCAUCGUGUCUUAUGCCUAAUAAUAUGCAAUUACAUAUGACAUACGUUCAGGGUAUAUGAUAACAUCAUAUUACAGUUAGACUCAAAUACAUAUAAUAGUUGCCUAUGGUAUCAUCAAAAGCAUGAUGAUAACAAAGAAUAGAACCAUAUUUUCAACCAAAACACCUGACACACAGACUUAUACAAACAAUAGUUUAAAAAGGGAGGGUCACUGAGGAAAAAAGAGAAGUACCAUUGGGUUGAGUCAGCAGAAUAAAAGGUGAGACAUGGUAACACUGAUGUUGAUGACAAUGCCAUUUUACAACCUAAUAAAAGGUUUUCAACAGACAUACUUUGAAGUUCAUGGAAAUGACUUUUAACGAUCACUGCUACAGUAGUUUCAUAACAAAGACGAGCAGACAUAAUGGCAGCCAUCGUAACAGGGCUCAUCCCAAUCCUCCGCACAGCAGUGGACACCACUACCACCUACAAGUGCCGCUCGCUGUGGUUUGGCUUCCUCUGCAUGCGCCUGGUGGUUCUGUUCGUGACCGAGAUGCCCUGGUUCAAGCUGGACGCGGACUUCAGCUGUAACACCACCCAGGACUUGUGCACCCGAGGCUGCUUCAAUCAACACUUUGACAAGCCUGUCAUGGUGGCCUGGAACUUCUUCUUCAUCCUCCUCGUCAUGUCUGUCCUCCUCAUGGAGCUCUUUGCCUCCCACCUCCGCUCUGCUGCCCAGAAGAGGAGUUCCCGGCAGAGGAAAACUACCGGGGAGUUGGAGGCCCAGGGGAAGAGUGUCAGUGUGGCUGAAUCUGAACCCCCAGAGAAGAUGGUGAUUGAUCUCCACAAAGACAGGGGCACUGUGGGCUUCUACCUGCUCAGCACCGUGCUGCGUAUUAUGGUGGAGGUCUGGUUUGUCUAUGUGCUUCUGUGCUGGAACCUACCUAAAGUAGAUGAAGGACCAUUCAAGUGUAAGUCAGCUAUCUGCCCAGAGAUACAUAUUUGCUUGGUGAGGGCGGCACCAGAGAAACGUAUGUCUAUCUAUGCUUUAGCCUCUGUUUCAGGCUUGGUCAUUGUAACUUCCGUCUAUUUCUGUUUGUACUCUAUUUUCCACUACCUCUGUAAAUUUUGAGACUGUAGGGAACCCACACUGGACCUUUUUAACUAUAAAUGUGUAAUGUGUAGGUGUAACAUUGGAUUUACUGUUUUCUUUUUUUUAUCAUGUGUCAUGUCUGUGCCAGCUUAAAAGGCUAAUAAUGCUAAAUAAUC